AGUAGCUCAGUAAUCUAGAAGAGCAGUCGCCCGACAAACGAAAGACCCGGGUCAACUGAACGCGCGAGCGAGGCAGCGAGACCGAACCGUGUAUUAUUACGCGAAACCUCUAGUUGAUCACAGAAUAUAUUUUCGUAUACAUAUGAUUACCACGUCACGAGUGAACAUCGUUGAGGACGAAAAUAUCCUUAUAAAAAUUUACAUCUCGUGCACUUAACUUAUCUCCUAUAAACCAAUAUUUGACUACCUAUCUCUGGAAUAAUCACUCUUGUGCGUGCAGUGCAACAGAUAAGAUGCGUUUCUGCUGGAUCGCCUCGGUCAUUUCGAUUUUUCUCGUCGCUUGCUGAUAUACGGAUCGACUGUUUGUUUACAAGAGAUCUUCUGCUCUGCAAGAUACUCUGCAAGAGACAUCUGUUUGUUCUCCAUACAUUACCGAAAUCGCUGAGAAGUGAAGAAUAAAAGGAAAGUAGAUAAAGAAAGAAGAUAAUAUUUCAAAAAAUAUUCAUAUCAAAUUUUUCGACUCAAUAUGGUAAAUCCGUCGAAAUAUAGCCAAGUGAACAUACAACGUGUUCACGUACAACGCUUAAUUGACGAGUUCGAAGAAGAAAUAAAACAUAUGUCAGGAAAAUGUAUGGACAUUGGUUGCGGCCCUGGUGAUCUUACAAGAGAUAUUCUUCUACCCGCACUCGAUUCAAAAGCGGUAGUCACUGGUACGGAUAUCUCGGAUAGUAUGAUUACACAUGCCAAGAAAGUAUAUGGUGACGAGAUACGACUGAAAUUCGAUUUACUCGAUAUUGAAACAAAAGAUCUGCCUAAAAAAUAUAUUUCUGAGUAUGAUCACGUAUUCACAUUUUAUGUUUUGCAUUGGUGCCCAAAUAUUCGACAAGCAAUUGAGAAUAUUUAUCAUUUACUUCGACCUGGCGGAACUAUAUUAGGAUUAACAGUCGUGUCUCAUGAUGCGUUUGAUAUUUUCUACAAAUUGUCGCAAAAUAUACGGUAUAAGUCAUACAUAAAGCAUGUGAGUAAUUUUAUUCCGCCGUUUUACAACUCUGUUGAACCUCAGAAAGAAUUAAAAACAUUAUUCAAAAGCGUUGGUUUUAAUGUACUUCACUGCAGUCAUCGUGAGAAAACAGACCUUGCUGAACAUUUUCGGCUGUUGCCAUCUUUGCUACUAUCUUUCGUGACACAAUUUUUGGAAAACAUGCCCCACGAGCGAAUGGAACAAUUCAAAGAUGACUUUACACGUGAAUUGGCAAGCAGAAGAUUUGUCUAUAAAUGCACGCGCGGAGGAAAUGAAAGGAUUAUGUCAAAUAUAUACGAAAUAUUAAUUUUUUAUGCCCAAAAGAAGUAAUGAUAUAUGUUUGUUAAAAAUAUCUCUUUGUCAUGGCGGCGCAAUGUCGUUAAUGUUUGUAUUUACAUCAAAAUGAAGGACAUUUGUCUUUAUCUUUUACCAUUAUAAUUAUCGUACUACUCCAUAUGUUACUUUAGUCAAAUUUAAAGUUAUGGAUUUAUUAAUGCUUUGAUGCGGAAUCAUCAAAUGAAUACGUAUGUCUUAUUGGGAAAUAACAUAUCUAACAAUUAUAAUUAUAAUAAGUAAAUAUAAUUGCAAUAAAUGAGUACAAUGGCAUUGACAUAAUAUGCACAUCGAUUAUAUACUUGUAACCAAUAU